CCCCCGGAGCUCGCCGCCCGGCUCUAGGACGCAGAACCGGGAGCUCUGGGCGAGCCGCGCUGUAACAGCGGGGAAGCGGGCGCCUCUGCGAGGGGGCCUGGCUUAGCUCGCGCCCAGGCCGGGGAACCCACGUGACCCAGGCGGCUUUCCGGGAUCCCCUGCACUUGCCCCGGAAGCGGAAGUGUGCAAACUGGGAGAUGAGCGGGUAGGGAGCGCAGGUGCCGCUAGCGCGCAGGGUUUUCGCCUCGUCCUGUGCCGGCCAUGGCGCGGAUCUCCCGCACGCUGCUCAUCUUCGGCGGGUUCGUGGCCGUGGUGGGGGCGGCGUUUUACCCCAUCUACUUCCGGCCGCUGCUGCAGGUGGAGCAAUACAGUGA